ACUUCCGUGUGCAUGACUUUCGAAGUUUUCUUGAAAUUUUGCGUUUUUCUUCGAGUAAUUUGCAGGUGGCAAGCUCAUAAUACAAAACAACAUUGUUUGCAUUAGGUAGUGUAUCGAGUUUCAGCCAGAAAUAUGGCAAGUGUGUCGUACCACAUCGCGAACCUGCUGGAAAAGAUGACCUCAAGUGACAAGGAUUUCCGUUUCAUGGCCACCAACGACCUGAUGGCUGAGUUACAGAAAGAUUCCAUCAAGCUUGAUGAUGACAGUGAAAGGAAGGUUGUCAAAAUGCUAUUGAAACUUCUGGAAGACAAGAAUGGGGAAGUACAGAACUUAGCAGUGAAAUGCCUGGGUCCACUUGUAAACAAAGUGAAAGAAUUCCAGGUGGAGACGAUUGUUGAUACGUUGUGCAGUAACAUGUUGUCAGACAAGGAACAGCUACGAGAUAUAUCCAGCAUUGGGCUGAAAACUGUGAUUAGCGAACUUCCGCCCUCGUCUACUGCCCUAGCAGCCAGCAUCUGUAAGAAAAUAACGGGAAGACUCACAAGUGCCAUAGCUAAGCAAGAAGAUGUAUCAGUACAAUUAGAAGCUUUGGACAUUCUCGGUGACUUGCUCAGCAGGUUUGGUGGUUUGCUGAUUAGUUUUCACAGUUCAAUUCUACAGGCUCUACUACCACAGCUUUCAAGUACGAGGCUUGCUGUCAGAAAGAGGGCAAUUAUUGCAAUAGGCCAUCUGGUGAUGAGUUGUAACAACCUGUUGUUUCUUGAACUUAUUGAGUUUCUGCUGAACGAGCUGGCCAAGCAUUCAUCGACGUCGACCACGCGGACGUACAUCCAGUGUAUUGGAGCCAUCAGUCGACAAGCGGGUCACCGGUUCGGAGAACACAUGGAUAAGAUUGUUCCGCUGAUCGUGCGGUUCUGCAAGGAGGAGGAUGACGAACUGAGAGAGUACUGUCUGCAGGCGUUCGAGUCCUUCGUCAAGAGAUGUCCUAAAGAGGUCUUGCCCUUCAUGCCAGAGAUAAUAGAGAUCUGUCUGGAGUACAUCUGUCAUGACCCAAAUUACAACUACGAUGACGACGACGAAAGCGCCAUGGAUACCGAGAUCGAAGAGGAAGAAGAAGAAGGUUCAGAGGAGGAGGAGUACAGCGACGACGAUGACAUGAGCUGGAAGGUGCGUCGCGCCGCCGCCAAGUGUCUGGACGCAAUCAUGGCCACACGACACGACAUGCUGGCCGAUUUCUACAAGAUCAUCUCACCAGCACUCAUUGCCAGGUUCAAAGAGCGGGAAGAGAACGUGAAGGCGGAUAUAUUCCACGCGUACAUCACACUGCUACGACAGACUCGACCCACGAUCGUCGCCGCCGGGGCUGAAACAAUGGAGGACGAAGAGAGCCCACUAGCUGUGCUGCAGUGCCACCUGCCGGAGAUAAUCCGCGCGGUCCACAAACAGCUGAAGGAGAAGAGCAUCAAGACGCGACAGGGCUGCUUCAUGCUGCUCACUGAACUCGUCCUCGUGCUGCCUGGUGCACUCACCAAUCACCUGACAUCGCUCAUUCCAGGAAUUCACUAUUCUCUAGGAGACAAGAAUUCUAGUUCGAACAUGAAGAUUGAUACUCUGUCUUUUUUGCACACCAUACUUGUCCAUCAUUCUCCAUCUGUGUUCCAUCCCCACAUAAAAGUCCUUGUGCCUCCGAUUGUCCAUGCGGUGGGUGAUCCAUUCUACAAGAUCACAUCCGAGGCUCUUCUAGUCACACAGCAGUUGGUCAAAGUCAUCAGACCUCUUGAUUUGAAAGUAUCGUUUGACUACAAGCCGUAUGUAAAGGACCUGUAUGCCUGCACUCUGAAACGACUGAAGGCUGCCGACAUUGACCAGGAAGUCAAAGAGAGAGCCAUCUCCUGCAUGGGUCAGAUAAUGUGUAACCUAGGCGACUCGCUGAUGACCGAAAUGAACGAGUGCAUGCCAAUCUUCCUGGAGAGACUGAAGAACGAAAUCACACGACUCACGACCGUGAAGGCCCUCACAAUGAUAGCUAGUUCUCCAUUACAGAUAGAUAUUCGAUCCAUUCUGGAUGAAGGUGUUCCCAUCUUGGCAUCAUUUUUACGGAAAAAUCAGCGAGCUUUGAAAUUAUGUACACUCUUGUGUUUAGAUGUACUGGUUAAAAACUAUGGUCACGCGUUGACGCCAGGAAUGAUAAACGACAUGAUGAAGGAGAUGCCACCGUUGAUAAACGAGAACGAUCUCCACGUGACGCAGCUGACACUGCACCUGUUGACGUCGAUCUCACAGAUCCACAAGGCCUCGAUAUCGAAUAUCCAGACCGACAUCCUGCCACAGAUUUUAAUCAUUAUUCAGUCUCCGCUCUUACAAGGUGGCGCUCUGAACGCACUGCUAGAGUUCUUUCAGGCCGUCGUCAAGCUAGAUCUCAACAAACUCGGAUUCAGAGACCUUUUACAGAUGCUGAUCACACCAGUGUAUAACCCACCACAAAACCAACCCGCUGCAGCAUUUUCCAUCCACAAACAGGCAUUUCAUUCAAUUGCAAAGUGUGUGGCAGCCUUAACGGUGAUCAGUCCUUCUGAGGCCACGAAUGUUGUCAGUCAGUUUGUUAGUGAUGUCAAGAAUGCCAAAUCAACUGAUUCCAUAGUAUUAUUUUCCUUACUAGCACUUGGUGAAAUUGGAAAGCAUUUAGAUUUGAGUACUCACGGUGACAUACAGAAUGUUAUUUUAGAAUCGUUUUCAUCGCCCAACGAAGAAGUCAAAUCAGCAGCUUCCUACGCUUUAGGUAAUAUUAGUGUUGGCAAUUUGCCCAAGUUUUUGCCGUUCGUGCUUCAGGAAAUUGAAAACCAGCCAAAGAGACAGUAUCUGCUGUUACACUCUCUUAAAGAGAUAAUCAGUUGUGAAUCAUCGUCUCCUUCCGGUGUUGAAACUCUCAGUCCUUACGUUCAGACAAUCUGGUCCAUGUUAUUUAACCAUUGUGAAUGUCCAGAAGAAGGGACGCGGAACGUCGUGUCGGAAUGUCUCGGUAAACUCACCCUCAUCGACCCAGCAAACCUCCUGGGCAAUCUGAGACAACACCUCGAUAUCCCGUCGGCCCUAACGCGAAGUACGGUCGUCACAGCCAUCAAAUUCACCAUUUCCGAUCAGCCUCAAGGUAUUGAUACACUGUUGCGAGGAUGUAUCGGUGAUUUCCUAAAGACACUGCACGACCCUGACCUGAACGUGCGAAGGGUUGCCCUGGUUACGUUCAACUCUGCCGCACACAAUAAACCUUCUCUUAUCAGAGAUCUGUUGGAUUCAGUGCUGCCUCACUUGUAUAACGAAACCAAAGUUAGGAAAGAGUUAAUACGGGAAGUGGAGAUGGGGCCCUUCAAACACACACUUGAUGAUGGUUUGGACAUCCGAAAGGCAGCAUUUGAAUGUAUGUACACACUGCUCGACUCGUGCCUGGACCGACUGGACAUCUUCGAGUUCCUCAACCAUGUGGAGGACGGACUCAAGGACCACUACGACAUCAAGAUGUUGACCUACUUAAUGCUGGUCAGACUCGCUCACCUCUGUCCUAGCGCCGUCCUACAACGACUUGACCGCCUGGUAGAACCGCUGAGAGCAACGUGUACGACAAAAGUGAAGGCGCACUCGGUGAAACAGGAGUUUGAGAAACAAGACGAGCUGAAGAGAUCCGCACUGCGGGCCGUGGUAGCUCUUCUCAACAUCCCAGAUGCAGACAAGAGUCCACAGAUGAACGAAUUCCUGACCCAGAUCAAAUCGAGUUCUGAACUGGCCGCCAUGUUUGAACACAUUCAGAAAGACGCAAUAUCCACUUCGGAUACGACCUUGAUGGAUACAAGCUGAAUUUCUGCUCGUGUGUAGAAACCCUAUACACACAUACAUUAUUAUAUCCAAAAAAAAAUUAAGAAGGGAUUCACUUGCGUGUGUUGUACGAUGGACAUAGCAGAUUGAUGCACCCUUGGUCGUAAACUCACCUCACUGUUUCAUCGUCUCUGCUUUGCUGUUCCGUUAUCCCCAAUAUGUUUUGUGGCACCCGGAGUCCCGUUUGGGGGCGGGGUGGGAACAGUAUGCAAAAUAGUUGCUUUAUUGUGUUCUGUUCAGUAAAUGGUGGAGGUGGGUGGGGUGAGUAAUCGGGAAUGUAUUUUUUCAAUUUCGAUUCCGAACUUUUUCUUUUCUCUUUUGUAAUGUGUGGAAAGUACAGAGUUGUCGACAUACUGACUGAUUUAAAUACCGAAGUGGCGUGGCAUACAGGUACCAAAAUACUUUUUGACAUUGUGCUCACAGUGUCAAGUGUCGAUAAACUCAAAAGAAUGUGCAACAUGUAUACUGAAAUGUUGGUUCACCAGUGAUGUCAUAAUGAUUAGAAGUAAUGAGCGAAAAUGAAAUUAUAGCUGGCUGUUGUCAUGACAUAAUAAGAUUGAUAGUGGAGCCUGAGAAUUACACAAUUACAUUGGUUUAUCACAAAUAUUGAUAUUGUACUUUCAAUUUGAUAAUAAGCUAAUAUUAAUCAACCAGGAACAAGCUUACAAACGCAUAUAUACAUCUAUAUAAAACAGGGCUGUCAACACAUGCAAAUUAGAAUGUACCAUAUGAACAUGUGUCAAGUGACAUACGGUUGAAAUAGAAGCCGCAGGAUGAAUCGCUUUCAUUGGUUUGUCUUAAAUGUUGACAUUUGACAUUGAUAAUAAGGUACUAUUAAGCACCCAGCAACAAGCUUACAAACACAUAUAUAUAUAUAAAACAUGCGCAAAUUACAUUGUAUAAAAUCAACAUUCAAUCGGAAAGCAUUUAUUCUUUGUAAUUCUAUAUCUGGUGACAAUUUAUUAAAAACUCUGUGCAAAUUUGCCGCCAGCUGCUUAUUAAUGACAUCCCUGGAUAACAAGUACUGAAAUUCUGUUGAAGCAUAUACUGAAAUGGUAAACUGUUGAAAAUAUAUAAACUGAAAUGUUAGUUACUAAGUACUGAAAUACUGUGGAAAGACAUACUGAAAUGGUAUGUAACAAAUACUGAAAGUUGUUGGAAAAUAUAGACUGAAAUGUUGGUUAACAAGUACUGAAAUUCUGUUGAAACACAUACUGAAAUGGUAUGUAUCAAAUACUGAAAGUUGUUGGAAAAUAUAUAUACUGAAAUGUUAGUUAACAAUUACUGAAAUUCUGUUGAAGCAUACACUGAAAUGGUAUGUAUCAAAUACAUGUACUGAAAUGGUAUGUAUCAAAUACUGAAACAUUUUGUAUCAAAUACUGAAUUGGUAUGCAUCGAAUACUGAAAGUUGUUGGAAAAUGUAUACUGAAAUGUUAGUUAACAGCUGAAAUACUGUUGAUGCAGCGUGGUACUGAAAUGUUAGUAACUUGUAGGUGAACUGGAUGGAUAUGGUACAUACAUGUACGUCAUGAAAUGUUAGUUAACAUGAACUGCUAUGUUAACAGUUACAGAAAAAAAAAAGUCCACAUUGUAUUGAAAAAAUGCUAAUAAACCAGUUCAGUAAUCUGCCACAUAUAUAUGUGUAUUGAGUGUUAGUUAAUGUAAUGUUAUCAACUUUAUACAGCCACAUUUUUAGGCCUACCGGUAAACAGUGAAACCUGUCUAAACCAGAUCAUGUAACUGAUCUAAUAUUUAUCUGAUUUAGACAGGAUCCUGGUUGUUUAGAAGGUUGCCUUUUAGAAUUUAGAAAAUUCACAACCAUGAAACGUGGCUGGUUUUGACAGGAUUCCAGUUUAGACAGGUUCCACUAUAUAUUUGAAAACAGUUUAGUUGUAAUAAAUUUAAAUAAUGCUUUUAUUUUGCAUAAUGUUGAUGUGAAGUGGAGAAUGAAACGGUAGUCAUUUA